UGUAGCCAUCUGUCUCACUCUUUCUAUCCAUCUCUCUUAUUCUUUCGCCAAAUUAAACAAACCUGAUUUUCUGUGACUUUGUCCUUCCACAUUGCAUUACUCAUUUGAAAACACAGUUGGUAAAGCAAUGGCCAGAUUACAGCUAAUACUCAGUGUGUUGUGUAUGUGUGUGAGCGUGUGUGUGUGUAAGGUAUCGAUGCAUGGUCAGAUUCAGUCUCCUCUGUAUCCAAAGCCUUACCCUUCCAAUGUCCAUCAGCAGUGGGAUCUGGAAGUUCCAAAUGGUUAUCAACUUCAAAUCACAUUUAAUUACAUGGACAUAGAACCCUCACUUAACUGCUACUAUGACUCUCUCAUGGUUCUGCAUGGUAAGAAACUUUUGGGAAAGUUCUGUGGCAAGAAUUCCACAGAUCCACAUCACCCUGGCAGCAAGCCCAUUUUGUCUCCAAGCAACCGUCUACAGCUGCUUUUUAUGGCUGAUGAAUCAAACACAGAAAAACAUGUCGGGUUCUCUGCUUUUUACCAGGCUGUUGACAUAGAUGAAUGCUCAUCUCAUGACUUAGACAAUUCCGAAUCACGCUGCACUCAGAUCUGCCUCAACACUCUGGGCUCGUAUCUGUGUACCUGUUACCAUGGUUACCAGCUACGGGCAGAUCAGCGUACCUGUGUGUUGGGCUGUGGUGGAGAUGUUUUUACAGAACCUGAGGGAUUUCUUUCCAGUCCUGGAUACCCAAAAGCUGCUCCUCUUGGCAUGACCUGCUUGUAUAAUAUCUCUGUUCAGCCUGGGUUUCAGAUAACUCUUAACUUUAGCAACAAUUUCCACAUUGAGCAGAUUGAUGCACAGGAACCAUCAUGCUUGUUCCAUUGGCUACAGGUGUCUGUCCCUGAUGAAGCUCCAAAAAAACUUUGUGGAGAUAAAAGUCCUGGAAUCAUACACACUGGUUCACACACUGUAGAGCUUAAAUUUCACACUGAUAAACAUGGACAGAGUGGAGGAUUUAGCCUUCACUACACAACCCAAAGAAUGGAGUGUAAAAUCAAAGGAGGAAUACUCAAUGGCCGAAUCACUCCCAACUUCCCAAAAUAUUCUUACAGAGAUUACAUUCAAGUCCUCUGUGACACUGGAUACAAACUCAUGAUGGGAGAAGAGGAAAUUAAAAGUUAUAAAUCGAUGUGCCUGGAGAAUGGAAAGUGGCAUUUACCUUUACCUGAGUGCAGGAUUAUUGAUUGUGGAGAACCAAAUCAUUUACUGAACGGUGGAUUUAAAUAUCUGUCUGGUUCUAAAAACGAGUACAUGUCUGUCAUUCAGUAUCACUGCAAUGAACCCUUCUAUGCCUUCACAGACACUAACAAUGUAAAUCUCACCUGUGAGGCAGAUCGAAAAUGGAAUGGACAUAACAAUGAUAUACUGCAUUGUUUCCCAGUGUGUGGGCGUCCUAUAGUGGAUAUUGCUGGUGGUCGUGGCCGGGUUUUAGGAGGACAACAAGCAGUAGACAACUCAUUUCCCUGGCAGGUGUUUCUACAAGCUGGAGGAAGAGGAGGAGCGAUUGUGAUUGGGGAAAAAUGGCUCCUCACUGCCGCUCACAAUUUCAACAAAGAAAAGCUGUCUAAGGAUGAAUUAAAGGCAUAUGUUGGAAGCAACAAAGUGAGCGACUAUUUUAAAAGCGACACACAAUUUGAAUCACUUCCUAUUGAGUCAUUUCACAUCCAUCCAGGAUAUAAAAGCCCAGAUUACAAUAAUGAUAUUGCGUUAAUUAAGCUGGCAUCAUCCCUUACCUUUAAUGCAGGUGUAAUGCCAGUCUGUCUUCCUGCACAGGACUCUGAGCUUGAGAAAUCUGGAUGGGUCUCUGGAUUUGGAAUGACUGAGACAUACCACACUGCUAAUCAUCUCAGGUACAUCGCUCUUCCCAUUGUGGAGCAAGAAGUGUGUCACUUGUCUUUUGAGGAGGUGAAAAAGACAGUAAGUGAUGUGUCCACUCUGACGGAGAACAUGUUCUGUGCUGGACUUCCUGAAGGAGGGAAGGACACCUGUCAAGGAGACAGUGGCUCUGGUUUUGUCAUGAAAAAGAAUGAUGUGUUUUACGCAGCAGGAAUCGUUAGCUGGGGAGUCGACUGUGGAAGAGCAGGAAGAUAUGGCGUAUACACACGUGUAGCUCGAUAUGCAAAAUGGAUCCAGAAAAUCAUGGAAGAAAACUAGAAGAAAAUAGCACAAACUACUUAUGUUUGGGCUGAUUUAAAAAAUAUAUGGUUGCUCUGCAAAGUGGAAAAAUAAAGAUAAAUAUUUUACCAUCA